AUGGGGAAGCACCAUGGCCAUGGACUGCAGCUUCUCAUGGCCUUCGCCUGCGCGUUCCUGGGGCUCCUCCUCUUCUACGUCUUCUGCUUCUACUUCCGGCGGAGGGCGGCGCCGAAAGGUCGCUCCUUGGAGGACGCCGCCUCCGGAGCGGAGGCGGAGGAGGCGCUGAUCAGGUUCGCCGGAGGAGAGGAUCUGACGGCGCGCGACAUCUUAGACGCGCCCGGGGAGGUGGUCGCCAAGUCGAGCCACGCUACCCUCUACCGGGCCGUCCUCCGGCGUGGCGACACCCCGGCGUUGCUCCGGUUCGUCCAGCCGGACUCCGCGGCGCGCACCGAGGACGUGCUGCCGGCGGUGCGGCGGCUCGGCGCCGUCCGCCGCCACCCGAAUCUGGUCCCCUUGACCGCCAUGUACCUCGGGCCGCGAGGAGAGAAGCUCCUUGUGCAUCCUUUUUAUGCCGCAGGAAAUCUCGCACAGUUCAUCAGAGAAGGUGUUUCAGAAGCUCACAGUUGGAUUAUCAUCUUCAAACUGUCCUGUGGCAUUGCCAGGGGCCUUGACCACCUGCACAAUGGGCACGGUAAGCCCGUCAUCCAUGGUAACCUCAAGUCGAACAAUGUCCUGCUCGAUGUCGGUCUCCAGCCCCGGCUUUCUGAUUUCGGUUUGCACACCAUCAUGAAUACAGCCACAGCACAAGCAAUGCUGGAUGCAUCAGCAGCCCAGGGGUACACAGCCCCUGAGCUGAGCAAGAUCAGUGACUCGAGCCCUGCGACUGAUAUCUACAGCUUCGGGGUGGUCUUGCUCGAGAUGAUCACUCGAAAGGACCCCCUUGACAACAAGUUCUUGCAGAAGGAUCUUCAUUUGCCGUCCUCGCUUAGGAUUCUGGUUCUUGAACAUAAACUCUCUGAUGUUUUCAGCUCCAAGCUUCAGAAGGAAAGUGUGCAUCAGAAUUCUACCAAUGAGGAAGGUUUACUGAUGCUGUUUCAACUUGCGAUGGCAUGUUGUUCGCCUUCGCCUAAUCUCCGGCCCGACAUCAAAGUGGUUAUCAAGCGGCUCGAAGACAUCGGUAGAUGACUAUUCAUCAAGUAGUGAAAGCCACAGACUGAAACA